UCACGUGGGCUGCGCAACCAAUGGUUGAGGGUUGCAGUCUGCAAAAUACUACGAUUGUUCUCCGGGAGGGUAUCAUAUACAGUUAACAGUGUAACCUUUUAUAUGACUACGAGGGAAGCCUAAAAUGUCGUCUAGUGGCACCAUAAGUAACUAUUAUGUCGAUUCUCUCAUAGGCCAUGAAAGCGAAGAAGUUUACGGGAGUAGAUUCGUCCAGGGAGGUCACAGUGCGACCUCCAGGCCAUCAGGUGUUGCAGAGAGUUCAGAUUUUUCUUCCUGUAGCUUUGCACCAAAAUCCACCGUGUUCUCCACCUCCUGGUCCACGGUUCACCCUCAGCCGUCUGCGGCAAUGACCGGGAUCUACCACCCCUACAUGCACCAGCCCCACUUAGGGGCAGCCGACGCCGGCCGCUACGUGCGCUCCUGGAUCGAGCCCUUCCCGGGCUUCCCGGGCGGCGGCGGCGGCGGCGGCGGCAGCGGCGGCGGCUCCGCUUCCAGCUCCGGCUCCUCCAACGGGCGCCACUACGGGAUAAAGCCGGAGACUGGAGCAGCCGCCUCCUCGUCUUCCUCCUCCUCCUCUUCCUCUUCCAAAAGGACUGAGUGCUCCUCGUCCCGGGAGUCCCAGGGGAUCGGUGUACCCGAGUACACGUGCAGCUCCUUCCUCCAGGAGCCCCGAGAGAAGGCGGCUGCCGGCAGCUCCAAGGACCCCGCCGCUUGCAGCCACAACCCUAGCCCGAGCAGCGAUCUGAAGGAGGAGAAACAGCAGCAACUUGACCCAAAUAAUCCUGCAGCAAACUGGAUCCACGCUCGUUCAACAAGGAAAAAGCGUUGUCCCUACACAAAGUAUCAAACUCUGGAACUGGAAAAAGAAUUUCUCUUUAAUAUGUACCUCACCCGAGACCGCCGUUACGAAGUAGCUAGGAUUUUAAAUCUCACAGAGAGACAGGUCAAAAUCUGGUUUCAAAACAGAAGAAUGAAAAUGAAAAAGAUGAACAAGGAGAAAGGAAAUAAAGGAGACUAACGCUGGGGUAGAAAGGCAGUUGGGGAAUACUGCUUUAGUUUUGAGUUUGGGAGGUUUGGGUUUUAUUUUGGAUUUGGGUUUUUUGGUUGACGAGUUCCUCUUUU